AUGGCUUCAGCUCUCAACGGCGCGACCGCCAGCAAUUCCCUCUCCCAAGCUCCAGGCUCUCGCACCACCGCCCGUCAAACACGCACAAACCCAUCUCGCGUCUCCAAGACCGCCGCUCGCUCAUUUCCUUAUUACGGCUCCCAACAAGGGCAUUCACUCGCCAGCGACGGUGCCGGACAAUCAGCAGCAAACAACGUCCCCCACGGCCUAUUCCCAGCUCUCACCCACUUCACAGAUGCGAUUACGGCAUUGCCGCGAGAAUUUCGCAGACAUAAUUCCCUGCUGAAGGAAGUCGAUGCCAAGGCCUGGGCGUUGGAGGAUAAUUUAUAUCAGUUGUUGUUGAGUGCGUCGGAUUCGCGACCGGUACCUUUUCCGCAGAAUCCGGCGCCGAUUGUGGAUGGGGAGGUCAGAGAUUAUGCUCAUACUUUGGGUGAUGCGCAAAAUGUCGAGUCGCAAGAAAGCAAACAGCGUCGGUUGCUGUUCGAUCGAAUCAGACGCACCCUGUCCGACCUCAUGUUGACCGCGGACGAGAAAAAUCAUGUCUUGACGAAUGCGAACGAGGAGCUCGACCACCAAUUGUAUCGGCUCGACGCCGUCCACCCGUUCAUCUUCAAUGAAGUCAGCGAUGAGGCCAGACUGGGUAGCCUCACUCACUGGGCCUACUCGAAUCGUGCUACUGCGAAAGCGGCGGCCAAAACGACCACAACCGAGCGCCCUCGUCGUGAAGCUGCCACAGCAACAUCGCACCUCGUUCAAGCUCUACACGAGGCAGACGUCGCAGCGCAUCGAAGCGAAGCCCGCCGAGACGCAGCAGUCCGGAAACCGCGUCGCAAUCAGGCAGAUUCGGAUUUCGAUGAGACACGUCCAACACAGCGCAAGAAUGCUGCUGCAAAGGCUCGUGCUGCUGGUGGUGAUGGUGUGGACUCUGGCGCUCCUCCUGUGCCAAAGCGGAGGAGGGUUGUGGAUAAACCAGCUGCUGUUCACACAGGUAGUGCUGCAAUGGAACGUUCCACCAGCACUGUAACGAAUAAUGGGCGUACGGCGUCCAAGGAUAGUGCUGGUAUGGAGGUUAAGAAGAGGGCAAGAGCGCCGAAUGCCGUUACUACUGCUGGUCGCAAGAGGAACAAUACUGUUACAUCAGCCGUGGACUCACCUUUGGCGCCAUCUCCCCCCGUCAUUGGAACUUUCAAUCCUCCCAGGAGCGCCCCCAGUCCAGGACCUCGACCACAAUCUUCACGCGCUCAACAAGCUACGACUCAGGCUACUUCGCGGCAACGCCCACCUUCAGCUUCUAGUCGCGCAAAUAAUGGCAGUAUAGACAAACCAAUGGAUGCCAAGGUCAACGUUUCGACAGAAGACUCCGCCAAGGAGAAAACGCCCCAACUGAUUCCUGGAGAUAAUAUUAGAAAGGAUGCUUUGGAGACCAAGCCGACCCCAUCACUUGAUAAGGAAGACCGGUCCGAGGUGAAGCCAUUGGAAGCUAUCACUUCUGCGGUGCAGAUGUCGCCUGCACUUUCCACUAUUGGAGUUACAAAGGGACGCACAUCCAAGACAUCGACCCCGGUGGUAUCUACCUUUGCAGAAUCACAAACGCGAGCCCGCUCUUCGCGCAACAAUAACGCUACCAACAAUUCUGAGACGGCUGCAACAACGAAACGCAACACUCACAAAAAGAGCAACAGCACCGUGUCAGCAGCGUACAAGGCCAAGAUCGCGCAACAGGAGGAAGAAGAAGAAUCGUCGCGCGAAGGUGACGAUGAGGACGACGAGAGUGAGCCGCGGUACUGUUAUUGCAACCAGGUCAGUUUUGGAGAGAUGGUUGCGUGCGACAAUGAUGCUUGUCCGACGGAGUGGUUUCACCUGUCGUGCGUGGGCUUGGCAAAGCCGCCUGGCCGAAAUGUGAAAUGGUAUUGCACGGAGUGCAAGGAGAGUAUGAAGCGUGGCCGAGUGUCGGCUCGAUAG